AUGGGUUCAAUCAUCGAGCAGUUUGAGGAGUAUCCUUCACUGGCUAGUCUUCAGCGGGACGUAUACAGGCCUCUCCCUCUUAACACCAAGCUCCCAGAAUCAGCCAACAAUGGACCGGGGUUGGUGAGUGAAGCCCUCCGGUCCCUAGCUGAAAGCCUCGAGGAGAGAGAUAUCUCCAAGGUCAAAUCAUGUUUUUUCAGCUCCCAAUCAUACUGGCGCGAUAUACUCGCUUUUACCUAUCAUUUCCGGACCUUCAAUAACGGCGCCAAAAUAGCUCCAGCACUAAUGGAGCUGAAAGAGGAGCGGGGACUGGUUGGUGGUUUUUGUCUCCUGCCGGGGAGCGUACAAUUUGUUGAAGCUACUGCGACCUUGCACUGGGUUCAGGGCAUGUUUACAUUCAAGACAGAAACGCCCGCUGCACUCUGCAGUGGGGUUGUCAGCCUUCUUCCUGAGAAAAUAGGGAACGCGCUCGUUUGGAAGAUCUGGAAUCUGGCAACGUGGAUUGAAGACUUUGAACUGCAUCCUGAAGAAGAAGGUGCUUUGAAAGCCCCUUCAAGACGGCUAGAAGAGGCCGAGGAUAUUGAUACGGAUGUUUUGAUCAUUGGUGGUGGAAACGCGGGACUUAUUCAAGCAGCGCGUCUCAAAGCCCUCAAUGUUGAUUGUGUGAUUAUAGAGCGAAAUGAGCAACCAGGAGACAACUGGGCUUUGCGAUAUGACUGUUUGCGUUUUCAUGUCUCCAAGUCGCUUUGCGAAACACCGUAUCUGCCAUACCCGAAGGAUGAUCCUAUGCUUCUAACGAGGUCGAUGCUGGCGGAGCAAAUGAAGCGCUAUGCACAGGCCUUCAAAUUCAAUAUGCUCAACUCAUCUACUAUUGAAGCGAGUUCUUUCAACGAGACCACGGAUUCUUGGCGCUUCAAGAUUCGCACGCCAUCGGGAUCGAAGACAGUGACAUGUAAGCAUGUUGUGCAAGCUACUGGACUGGGAUGUACCAAACCCUUCAUCCCCCAGCUUCCAGGCAACUACAGUGGUGUCAGCAUCCAUUCAUCGCAGUAUAGGAAUCCCUCAGAACUGAAGAGACUAGGUGUCAAAUCCGCUAUUAUUGUUGGAUCCGCAAACUCAGCAUUCGACCUCAUGGAAGACUGUGCAAAGGCCGGCAUCAAGACAACUAUCGUUGCCCGCAGCCCUACAUACAUAUUCCCCUGGGACUACUGUCGUGACCCCCGGGGCCUAGGGCUAUACGAGAUUCUUCCAACCGAAUUGGUGGACAAGCUCACGAUGAGCACCCCAUGGGGUAUUGCUGGUCAAAUCGCGAUAGACCAGGCUGUCUCGUUGGCUUCCAAAGAACCAAAUCGGUACCAGGCACUUGCUGAAGCGGGCUUUCCAGUCUAUGACAGCCUCCACGGGGGAGAUCUGAUAUCGCACCUUAUUGAAAGAGCUGGUGGCCACUUCAAUGAGAUUGGCGAUGGGAUUGGGCUCAUUGUGUCUGGUGCUGUUGCCGUGAAGGGAAAUGUUGAGCCAACUGAAUUGACGACGACUGGCUUGAAACUUAGCGAUGGAUCAGCGUUGGAUGCGGAUGCCAUUCUCUGGUGUACAGGCUUUGCGGAUAAGCAGCGCGAAGCCACUGUGGAAGUUUUCGGACAGAGACUCUUUGUUGAAGGAGAUAAUCCGAAAGAUAGUAUUUUGGGACCUGAGGAGAUUGCUGCCCGGAGGGAUGGGAUCUGGGGGGUGGACAUUGAGGGCGAGAUACGCGGCAUGUGGAAGCGUCAUCUUCGAGUGAAGAAUUAUUGGAUUACUGGGGCUGUCACCUCGCACCAGCGCUAUUAUUCACGGCCGCUGGCUUUGCAGAUCAAGGCGGCGCUCGAAGGAUUCCUGCCUGAAGCGUAUAGGGAUGGCGGAAUUUGA